AUGAAUCGAGACUCGGCUCUGCCCCCGCGUUCUGUGUUCUGCUUCACCACGAUGUGGUCGAUCUGGAAAUGCUACAGAUCCCGGCUGCCUGUAGGAGCAGCUCUAUGUGUCUUUGUCCUGUGCUGGCUCUAUGUAUUCCCGGUUUACAGGAUCCCAGACCAGAAGGAGAUUGUGAAUGAUGUCCUGCAUCAGCCCGUGUGGAGGAGAAAUCAGACAGCCACCACUGCAUUCAGGAGGCUGCUGGAGAACUGCUGUGAAACAAAGCGAAUGUUUGCUGUGACGCAACACAACUCACCCAUGGGGAAAAACCUCUGGUUCGACGGAGAAUUUCUCCACUCGCUCUCGGUGAACAAUGAAAUGUUCGCCAUGUUCCCACAGGAUACACCAUUCCAGAUCCCGUUGAAAAAGUGUUCAGUGGUGGGGAAUGGUGGGAUUCUGAAGAGGAGUGCCUGUGGUGAUAAAAUAGACAAGGCCGAUUUUGUCAUGCGUUGUAACCUGCCUCCUCUUUCUAAUGAAUAUGCUCGUGAUGUUGGACACAGGACACAGCUGGUCACUGCAAACCCAAGCAUCAUUAAGAAGAGGUAUCAGAACCUGAUGUGGUCCAGAAAAGCCUUUGUGGAAAGUAUGAAAGUGUACGGUCGUAGCUACAUCUACAUGCCAGGGUUCUCCAUGAAGGCGGGCACCGAGCCUUCCUUCCGCACCUACUACACGCUGUCCGACGUGAAUGCCAACCAAACCAUAAUCUUCGCCAAUCCAGAUUUCCUCCGCAACGUGCAAAAGUUCUGGAAAGGCAAAGGAGUACAUGCCAAACGUCUGUCCACAGGAUUGUUCCUUGUCAGUGUUGCCUUGGGACUUUGUGAAGAAGUGACCCUGUAUGGGUUUUGGCCUUUUUCAACAGACCUCGAAGAAAGAACAAUCAGCCAUCAUUACUAUGACAAUGUGAUGCCUGACACCUCCUACCACGCCAUGCCAGAGGAAUUCCUACAGCUCUGGCUUUUACAUAAGAGCGGCAUAUUAAAGAUACAUGUCGGCAAAUGUGGACAGAUUCCGAUGUAG